AUGCACGAUCCUAGGCCCAUCAUCACUUACACAUACUAUGAUGCAAGUGUGGCGUUAUGAAGUAAACAGCAUGCUCCAAUUUUUGUUUGUAUAUCCUUUCUCUGCUCAUGUAAAUGGAACAAGUCCAAAUCCUCACGCAAUACAUAGAAAACAAACUAGUCCCUUUCAAGUUUGAUGCUGUUAUAAUUACUUUUGUUCUGUAUGCUGGCUUCAUCCUCUCUUCUCUCCUAGCUGUUAUAACCAAGACGGUAGAUAGCACAGAAUUGCAAAGCUGAAGUGCCGUGUGUUGUUAGUGGAAAUGAAGAAGCAGUGUUGUGAAGAUUCAGAGGCAAAUGUUGGAUCAUGGCAAUGCUGGUUCGACGAUGCAUGCAUCCUUGACAUGGAUUACUUUGUGAAGACCCUUUCAAGCAUCAAACAGAAAGGCGUUCGUGCAGACUUGAUUGGUUCCAUCAUCACUCAUUACGCCUCCAUAUGGCUCCCUGACCUCUCUGCCUCUGCUGAAAAUGGUGUCACCACUCACUUCCACUCCCCGGAAAGCGUCACGACAUCAUGGAUGAAGAAGAGGUUCUUUGUGGAAACCUUGGUGAGUGUUCUGCCUCCUGAGAAGGAUUCUGUCCCAUGCAACUUCCUCCUUCGCCUUCUGAGAACCGCCAACAUGGUUCGGGUUGAUGCCACUUAUAAAGCUGAGCUUGAGAAUCGCAUUUCGUGGCAGCUUGACCAAGCUUCUCUCAAAGAGCUCAUGAUACCCUCCUUCAGCCACACGUGUGGGACUCUCUUGGAUGAUGAGCUUGUCUUGAGGUUGGUUAAGAGGUUUGUGAGUUUAGACCGUGAUGGUGCUGCUUUGGUUAAGGUGGCCAAGUUGGUUGAUUGCUACCUAGCUGAGGCUGCUGUGGAUGCCAAUUUGACCCUGUCUGAGUUCCUUGCACUUGCUAGAGCUCUUCCAAGCCAUGCAAGAGCCACGGAUGAUGGCUUGUACCGAGCCAUUGACACUUAUCUAAAAGCACAUCCAGGUGUGUCAAAGCAAGAAAGAAAGGGCCUGUGUAGGCUGCUUGAUUGCCGGAAACUCACACCAGAGGCCUCACUUCAUGCAGCUCAAAACGAGCGGUUGCCUGUCAGAGCUGUGAUUCAGGUGCUCUUCUCUGAACAAACCAAACUCAACCAGCAUAUAGAUUGGAGUAGCUCCUUCAGUGGCUUGAGGAGUCCGAAUGGGGGCCUCGACCCACCGGCACGAUGCCUUUCAAAGCGUGAAAUGAGUGCUCAGCAAAUGGAGAUAAGGAAGCUGAAGGAAGAUGUUUACAGGCUGCAAAGACAGGUCAAUGCCAUGCAAGUGCAGAUGGAGAGGUUGGCGGCAAAGAAGAAGGGCUUAUUCAAAUGGAAGAAGUUUGGAAUGCCUAUGUUUAGUAGAAGUGUGGCAGUGGGAGAGGUGGAGAACAUUGAUGAGGAAGAAGAAGAGGAGACUGAAAGGGAAGUCAGAUUUGGAGGGCAAACGCCUAUGGACAUGAAAGCCAGUCUGGUCAAAAGUAGGACUCCCCACAAGUGGAGGAAAUCUAUGUCCUGAAACAUAGGCUAUGAAUGAAAACUAUAAUUUUGUGUUAAUUUGUUACAUUAUACAAGCUCCUUUUUUGGAGUUAGACUGGAGGAGUAAUGUAAGAUAUAACUCUGUCUUAUUUGGAAUGAAUUCAAUAAAGAUGUGAGCGUACCAAA